AUGGGGUUAUUUCAAAAGACCAGCACCACCCAUUUUGGCGGUAUUUUUAAAGCUAUACCUAAAAAAUGGGCAAAAUCCGUACCGUUUUUGGUUAAGCAGCUCAAUCUCGCAAGCUGGCCGAACAACGAGAAAUUGGUGACGACGGGGAAAUUUCCGAAGCUGGCCUCCUUUCGCGCCAACUCGGCGGCCGCCGUCCUGGCCGCCAAAAAGUCGGCGGCCAGCCAGAGUCGGGAAUCGAGCGUCGACAAUGAAAGGGCAAGUCUACGCUACACUUUCGGCUACUCCUCCGAGUUAUCCCAUCAUGAAACAGCCGUUUCGACGGCAAAACGCCUUCGACAGCGUCUGCAACGUCAGCAGAGCGGCCAGUCGGGGCUGUCGGGCCGGAGGUAUACCGGCGAAAGCAGCGAAUGCUCUUCGUUGGUCGGGACGCCGACUGAUACCGGCAGAAGCUUCACCUUUACUGCAGCUCAAAGAAAUCUGAUUCGAGAAGAGCGGAAGCCGAGUGUUACCCAAAAUAUGUCGGAAAUGUUGUUGGAGGCGAUCCACUUUGAAGACGCGAGCCUUGUCGAGAAGCUGCUGACGUCGCACGUCAAUGCCAAGCCGUUGAGUACAUCGCCGUCCAUAGGCUCGACAAACACUCUCAGCGAGCUGGCCCAACGUAGGCACGGCAUGCAUCGGCGGUCAAACGCGAGCAGUACAGUGAGUACACAUUCCAAUGGACGAUCUACGUGUGCGGUGCUGAACAGUCUUCACAUGGCAGUUGCUCAUAAGCAGAAGGAGAUUGCCGAGUUGUUGUUGAAAAACGGAUAUGAUCCAAAUGCGCCGGCGGUUUGCCAUUGUCGAGGGAAUUGUACAGCUACCGGGAAUAUUCCGAUGACUUCGAUUUUGCCACGCUACUCCACCCACUCAAUAACCCCCGAAAUGUGCGGCAUCUGCUCGCAGCUUCGCGUCCAAUCCUUCGUCGACCACACCCCUCUUGGGGUCGCUGUAAAAGCCCAAAGCAGCGAAAUGAUCGCCCUGCUUGUGGCCUACGGCGCUGACGUCAACCUCACCGCCAUUGCGCCCAAAAAGUCGUUAAAAGAAGAUGUAGGCGAUGAAGAGGGCAAUACCCCGCUUCUGCUCGCCGUUCGGGAAUCCCCCCUUUCCUGGCCCUGCCUACAUACUUUGAUAUUUUUUGGAGCGCAAAUCGAGCAGAAAAAUUGUCGCGGCAUCUGCCCGCUAGAUUUGGCGCCCGAACUACGAAGGCUUCAGCAAACUUGUGUGGAUCAGUUGUUUAAGAGCGCGACGGCUUGUGAACAAACAGAGCCACCACCACCGGUACGCCCGAUAGUAUCGAGAGGAUCCCAUCGAUUAGCAGCGGAAAGCUCUCUUGACCCAUCUGUCGAUAAUGUCUCCUGGGAGCAAGCUUGGGAACUGUUGAAGAAGAUGGCUGGGAACCCCGAGUGUUUGGAUGCGAUACAUAGUACGAUCACAAAGUACGCAGCUGAAUUGGAGAAUAUUCCCAGCCACAUCGAUCACGAGGCUUUUGAUGCGCAUCUGGGAGGGGUGUUUCACCGAGUUUUGCAGACAGCCAUCGAAAACUUUGAAACCUCAACACCAUCUUAUCGACGUCAACGCCGGAACCAGCUUCAAUGCACGGUCUGUGCCCUCUCCUCCUUCUGCUUCCAAUUCCUACAAAAAGCCGGCUCGAGCAGACACUUCUCCGCGUUAAGUACGCUUAAUAAGAUCAUCGACACUGGCCUCGUCCAUGACCUCUUCAACGCCCCAGACGUUGUCUUUCACUCAUCAAGACUUUUGAACCGUAGUCACACCUUUGACAUUGACGACCCGGGAUUUUCGCCAGGCGGUUCAAUGGACCAGCACUCCACCGUGGAUCACGUCUUUGUCUAUGGCACUGGAAAGGACUUGUACCCAACGUCUUUCCCUUUUGUUUCUUCACCAGUGGUUGUGUCUGCCCCAAAACCAUCGGAUCUUAUGGCCACUUUUGCGAUCCAGGAGCCGAGUCAAGUAAUCGUUUGUCUUCACAAUGCCAUAACGAUGCAAAAUCGAGAAGCUGGUGCUAGAUGUGUUUGUAGUCCGGCACAUCGGUGGAGACAAUGCAAUCAGCAUUGUACCCAGAUCCUCGUCGCCCGCCUCCUCCUUUUCCUUGCCCAUAUCAAAAAAUUUCGAUCCAAAUUGAGCGAGCAACUGAAAACGGUCAUCCAGUUGUUAGAGCCGACGCUAGAACCGCAACUGCUCUGUCUCCUCCUCCAAACCCUUGCCCUGAUCUCAAUGGAUUCGAGCACCCAUCGAUUAUUUAUUGAUGAAAAUAUUGACGAAGUGCUGAUCCAAAUGCUGCUGCCGGCUGAUGACUGGUACUACACAAAUCAUUCCACAAAAUUCGGGCAUUUCGUGAAAUUCCACGCGGCCAGAAUUUUGAUCUACGUCGGGCUGGGUGAUCGGGUUGGCAGUCGGGUCAACUUGUUUCAUAUGAUAGGAAAUGAAGAAAAAGUGGAAGCUAAGCCAAAUCCACAAAACGAAGAUGGCUACAUUUGCGAGACGUGCUCCACUCCGAAGUCGAUGUUCGCCUUCAGCAAGUCAUCAAUGAGCGUUGAAGGAGUAUUGUUAAAACUCUUGCAAGAAGUUCAAGAGCUCGUGAAAAAGUCGAUGAACCUCUCCACAUCCGAACCUAUCACCGAAGAAAGCCCGUCAGCGGCAAGUCCACCAUUGAUCGAUACUGAUGCGCUGAAGAACGUUUCCGCCAGCAGGCAACAUUCACCCACCCUACAGGUUGACUUUGCCGCCCGGGAAAGCGCUUUCCAAUUGGCAUCCGUAGAGGUGUUGCUCUCACUGGAAAACCUGGAAGCUCAUUUAUGCAAGCUUGGGCUGGUGCUCGAUUCCUCGCUCCUCAUCCGGUUGAUUCUCCACAAACUGAGCUGGGAUCUCGGCCUCGUCAGCAAAAAGAGAACGGCAAAGCAUAUCGAAAAAGACCUAAAACCCGCCCCGAAACCGAUCAGCGAUCAUCGAGGGCAGUCGACGAUGAGCUUAACGACACCAUCGUCUAGCAAAAUUGCCAAGUCCAAAUCCUUUGAUCGACGAGAAGAUGGGGAUAAAAAACCGGAAGUUACCAGGAAUUUUUUGAGACCCAACAUGAGCCAGAAAAGUGCAAGGAGAGUACAGAUUCGAAGAUCAAGUUCGGUCGAAAUUCUACGGCCGAAACGAUUUUCCAGCGGUGCGAAAGAUUGGCGGAGUAGCAAUAAGCAGAAGCGGCGGCAACGACUUGGCACCGACACGAGCAGCGGAUCAACUCGCUCGAAGAAAGCCCUCUCCAACAGCUCAUCCGUGCAGAAGCACCUCCCCAAAUACAUCCAAUCAUUUUUCCGAGGUCGAAUGGGUACGGAUCCGUGCAAGCGGCAUGCGCUGCCUGGUCUGCCGGUCAUCGAAAUCCGUCGCCCGUCUGCCAUUUCGCACUUUGACUUUAGCUAUUUUGUGAAUGCGACUGAAGGGGCACCAUCGGAAAGCCUCGACUGUGCUCCCCUCCUAACCACCGGCCACUCUCCUACCUCACGAAAAGGCUCGAACAACGACUGUUCCAGGAAACGGGCGUCGACCAUCGGAACCCGGAUUCCGAUUCCGCGCAGAGCCAUUUCCAGAGGCAGCGAGCAUAGCAGUUUGAAGGUGCCCGAUCGGGACAGCCCUCUGCUGCUGUCAAUGUCGGAAAUGUCGCCCGAUUUCCAAUGCGUGCGCCAGCUGGUCUUGAACGUGUUGACGAUAUACACGAGGAGCAACGAGAACGUCAUUAGUACAAUGAAGGAGUGUGCCGAUGUGUUGAGGCAGAUUUUGAAUAGUCCGCAGCAUCCGACCGUCAAAAAUUGGUGCGCUGAGAUCAUCAACGUCGUGACGGCCCACGUCGAGCAGGAGGAAGCUGAGUCUGGGGAGAAUUUGGAUAAGAUCAAUGACGAGUAUUUGGAGCUACAAGACCAACUCGUUUCUGGCGCUCUUCCCUGUCCUCGAGAAGAAGCCGCAUAUUUGGCCAGCAUUCAAAUAUGCGUGGAGGAGCAGUGGCCGAAUAAUAAGAGAACGCAGACAUUCAGAAGGCACUUGUUGAAAGGGCAAUUUGGCCGCAUCCGUGACCUGGCCCAAAAAAUCAUGGUAACACCAUGGGAAGUCGAACAAAACCUCUACUGCACCCCACCAAAUAGAAUCGAAAACGGACCCGAAGGCAACAACAAUCGGCAAGUCACCCCCCAGCCCUCACACCCAUUGACUCGAAAGCAGUCCCAAGCUGUCGAGGACAGGCGGAGAUCAUCAACCACGCUGUUGCGGUGUAUCGCCGACACGGAAGCGCUGAUGAGCGAGGAGUUGCAGGCACAGUGUUUGCCGUUGGAUUUGAGAGGGGAUCGGAGGACGAUAAAGCUCGUUAAGGAGCGGAAGCGGAAACUUUUCCACUCUCACGUUUAUGAGAAUGAGAUUGCCAUGAAGAAGUUAUAUGUGCAGACGGCAAAGCGGCUUCCGGCUUUUGGAUGCAAAGUGUUUCAAGUGAAGGAGUUGCUGCAUGGAAGGACGUUGCGAAAAACCGUUCGCCUCCUCUGUUUGAGCAGCGCCUCAUUAGCCUUAUUAGACGGCUCGACAAAGUUGGUCCUGAAAAGGCAACACGCCAGCACCCUACAACAGUGGCGAGUGGGAGGCGGCGUGUCAAAGCAUCAGCUACUCCUCGAAUUCCGCGGCACCAAGUGGCAGUUGAUAGCCCCGUCUUACAAUGUGCUCAAGGCGAUUUCGAUGACGUUGUGGGAAACGAUGCAGGCCAGUGCUUCCGCAAAUGUCCAAAAGACGCUGAACCAAUCGGCAACACGGCAAAGUUUAGCUGAUGCGGCGAAUAGCUCGACAGCAGCAACCUCUCGAUCGGGUUCUACAUCUUCCUCUACUUCGGUGGCCCCAGGCUUCAUCCUAAACGACGAACCGAUCACGCUGUUCCGGCUUGAGCUUGAGAGGUUACAAUAUAUCGUCCAUUUCCCGGAAGAAGUCGCAUACCAGCUGUCCUUCACCGAAUACCAGCUCUUCUACUCGAUCCAACCCAUGGAAUACGUGCGCUACGUCAGCUGUGACUUGACGCAGGUACCGGUACAGGAUAACCCGAGCCCGGUGAAGACGUUGGUAAAACGGUUGAGUGAGGUCUCCUCCUGGGUGACUCACCUCAUCGUCUCCCAACCAACCCACGAUGACCGUAAAACCACCCUCAACGCGAUUCUGCGAAUAAUUGAAACCUGCUGGAACAUCGGCAAUUUCAACGGGGCUGUCGAAAUUUUGAUGGGAUUAAAAUCGGAAAAAUUACGACCGUUUUGGUUGAGUUUGCGCAGCGAGGAGAAGGAGCAAUUCGAGCAGUUCUGCGAUAUACUACUCCCCGGCACUCAUGUGCUCCCAUCGCAAACCUAUAUGCAAGCCGUUCAAAGGGCCCUGAGGAUGACGCAGUGUCGAGUGAUUCCGUUUUUUGGCAUCUUUUUGAGGGAUCUCUACGCGAUCGUCAACGAUAUGCCAAACAUUGUUGUCAUCGGGCAUGCGGGUGAAAAGGAGAAGCUCGAGUUCAUGGCCGACGCCAACGGAGAAGACCAUUUCUCGUCCCGAAUCGGGGUCGGUGGCCUGUUAAACGCCGACAAAAUCAACCUGGUCGCCAUCGUGCUCGACAACUUGGAACUGUUCCAUCGGCAUGGCCGAGCCUUGAAUAAACUGCUCGAAGUUGAUUCCCCGCAACAGCCGCUUCCACAACCGAUAGUUGAAGAGCCCAAAGAGGCUAAAGUUUAUGAACCGGUGCAAACGAUCUCAAACUCACAACACAACGUCACGUUAAUCCCUUUGACCUCGCAACUCUUUGAUCUCGACGUGCUGCAGCGGCUACAUCAUGGAACUACUGUAAUCCACUACGAUCCCGAUACCGGUCGGUCCGUCCUCUGCGUGAUGAAGCUGGAAUAUUCUUGUGCGGCGAUUACCUGGAAAAAGAUCUGCUACUCCACGACAAAGGAGGGAAAGGAUAAGAAUAAGGAUGGGGCUCUUGGAAAAAGUGCAUCUGGUGUUUCUUCUAACAUUGGGACCGCUGGCGGGAGCCAAGCUACGCCGGGAAACUUGGGACAGCGAGGGACCGCAUUCCCUGUCGGUCUCGAUGAGGGCGAAAUCCGGUUGAGCACCAUCAAAACUGUUGAGGCAGUCGACAGCUACGAUCUGGAUAUUGAGGCAAUCUACCGUCGCCAUUCGGCUGAAGAGAUGUCAGUUCCUGUUAGUUGUUGGAGGAUAUCUCACGGUCAAUUGUUGUGCGAUAACGAUUUCCUCUUUUUCCUGGCGCCUCAGCAAAUUUCGCAGUACUGGACGAUCGGACUAGCUGCGGUUGUCAAAGCUUACCAACAACAAAUGCGUUUCGCAGACCGUCGGAUGCUGUGGAUCAAGUCACUAUACCUCCAGCUCUACAACGAAUGCCCACCUUUCAUCGAUGCCGAAGGGCAAGCCCUGGCCGGACCAAGACCCUACGAUUCGCUGAUGGCAUUCGGAGGGAAAGUGGAUAAAUGGAAGGGAUUAGGUAUCAAUCAGUGUACGCCAAGUUCAGCAAGGCCGCAAGAUUCGCUAUCGACGAGUGAUUUGUCGAGCACGAGGAAUAAGAUCAAGAACUUCAAGGCUGCUGUGAGGAACAAGUUGAGAGGAGCUUCAAGGGAUGCCAGUCGAUCUCAGAGCCCACAACCGCCGAGUCCAUUGGUCCGACCCCCGUCCGUCAAAUCCCAGAUGAGCCUCCAAUCAAGCCUGGUAGCUCCAAGUUCCCCCGGGUGUCUCCUAAAACCCAAGGAGCCCCGUGAAGAGCCCGGCGAUACCGACAGUCUCUACACCCCUAGAAGCCGAACACCCACCUCGUCAAGCUAUGGAGCCAAAUCGCUUGGCGGAAGGUCGUGGAGGUCGCGAGGAGGAGAGACGCCAAAUUCUGGGAGUAUCUCAAGUAGUGGCCAGGCCUCAAACUACAUUGCGCCUUCAGGGAAGGAGUUUCAGGAAAAACCCUUGAAUAUCAUCGAAUUUACCGAGCUCUACAGGCUUUUCCACACGAGAUUAAGGAAAGACCUCAGGGAAGUCUACAACGAUAUGGUGCAGAACUUGGCAGCUCAAAAUUCUCAACCACAGAAAAGAGAUCGGGACCAGAAGCCGGCGCGGUUGCCGAGUCGUCUGGAUUCUACGGCCUCAAUUGCUCACUCGGAAUUUCUACCUCAUGACUUCCUCACUCGCAACUCCGAAAACCUUCAACAGCUCAGCGAAAAACAGUCGAAAAUCUACAACGCAUUGGUGAUGGCAAGCGUUGGAAGCACCGGAAUGGACACGACACGGGCAUGCGCCAUCACCAUCCCCAUGCUACGCCAAUUCCUCGCCACGCAACAAAUGGAAAUUGUCGACGACUCUUACGUCUCCAACAUUAUACAGGACCACGAGCCCGACCCGAUAUUGCGGCAGAAAAAUACUUUGUCUUUUGAGGGCUUCACCCGCUUCCUCUCCGAUCCCUGCAACUUCGCCUUCGUCCCCGAAACGAGCCGUGUCGACGACGCGGAGUUGACCUACCCCUUGUCCCACUACUACGUCAACUCCAGCCACAAUACCUACCUCACGGGCCAUCAACUGAAAGGAGAAAGCAGCGUGGAAAUGUAUCGACAAGUCCUUCUAACCGGAUGCCGUUGCGUUGAGCUGGACUGCUGGGAUGGAGAUGACGGUUUGCCCCUCAUCUACCAUGGUCAUACCUUUACUAGCAAGAUCGGUUUUCGACAGGUUGUGGAAAUCAUCAAAAAAUCAGCUUUCGAGACCAGCGAUCUGCCUGUGAUUUUGUCGAUUGAAAACCACUGUUCGUUGCAGCAACAAGCGAAAAUGGCACAGAUGUUUAAGACGGUACUUGGUGAUCGGCUCGUCACAGCUUUCUUGUUUGAAUCCGAUUUUUCCGACUCGCCAAGGCUUCCAUCGCCUUUGCAGUUAAAGCGAAAGAUUUUGAUCAAGAACAAGAAAAUGGUUGCCGAACCCUCGCAACUUCUCACCGAUCGCAGCAUCCGAAGCGAACCCCAAAACACCCUUCAUCGCAAACAGAGCAAAAACAGCUACGAGAGCAGUACUAUGGACGACAAUGACGAUGACGACUUGGACGAGUUUCUGGAUGAUGAGGAGAAUGAGGACGACGAAGGGGAAGCUGUUGACCGGUCGGAAACGGAGUCACCGAAACACACGGCGAGCAGAAGAACAAAGACGGCGACAAAGCAGGAUUCUCAGAAUAGUGAUCAUUCUGGGGAGGGGAAGAAGGUUGUGGCAGCGUUAGUCUUCGAGGCUGCAAAAGAACUGGAAGAAGUGCAAACCGUCAUUUCCGCCUCCGUCUCAACCCGCCCAAGCCCAAGAAAACUCGCAGCCGGCCCAAUUAUUGCGCCCGAGUUGAGCGAUAUCGUCAUCUACCUCCAAGCCAUCAAGUUCAAGGGAUUCCCGGCAUUCACUCGAUCCACUGAAGCCCUAAAUGUCAGCACAUCGACCAGCCUGUCUUUACAGCCAUCCAGAACAAGAACCGCCUCAAACUUGGCUCCUGCGCCAUCGCCGAGGGGCUUCCGACCAAAAGCCAUGAGCCACUUGAGCCAAUCAAGCCACAGCGGCGCGAUCACCCAUGAACUUCGCGAAGAGCUGGCCGGCAGACCGCACUCGCACGCUUCCUGUUAUCAAGUGACUUCACUAAAUGAGACCGCAGCCCGGAAGCUUUGCCGAAAACACCCUUUGAAAUGUAUCCAGUACACGAAGGAUCACAUUGUUCGAACGUACCCGGGCGCGAUUCGCAUCGAUUCGUCCAAUUUUAACCCGGUCCACUAUUGGGCGCACGGGAUGCAGAUGGUCGCGCUGAACUUCCAGACCUCCGAUAUCGUGAUGGCCGUCAAUUCGGCCAUGUUCGAGCAAACCGGGAACUGUGGAUACGUGUUGAAGCCGAGAGUACUAUGGGAUCCAACGCAUCCACUGCACCGACGAUACAACCCUUCCAGCAAAGAAAUGGCAACACAUUCUGCGUUGCUUUUGAACCUCACGGUGAUCUCUGGGCAGCACGUUUUCCCGGGCACCCAUGUCGGCUCGCCAUUCCUCGAGAUCGAGCUUAUCGGCGCUCUAUGUGAUUCAGCAAAGGACAAAAGCAAGCCGUUGGUGAAAAAUUCGGUAAACCCGCGGUUCGACUACCAAGUGCAGCUGCGAAUCGUGUGCGUUGAACUGGCUUUUCUCAGGAUUGCCGUUUGUGACGCGGCUCUCAACGGCAAGGUUAUUUCGCAACGUGUCGUCCCGGUCAAGUGCAUCCGGCCCGGGUAUCGACAUUUGCCGCUGCGGACGGCCACAAAUCAACCUAUGGACAACGGUUUCCUCUUCAUCCGCACCCGUUUCGAGCAAGAAGAGCACAUCUACCUGCACGACGAAGACUCGGCCAUCAACAGCCACAUCGAGCAUCAACUCGAUUAUCAAAAUGACACGAACGCCCACAUCAAACCGACGCCGAUCCUGAAGAAGCAGAUCUUCGUCCUACGGGUUUCCGGGCUAAACGCUGAUGAUACGCCGGUGGUUGUGCAUAGCGAGAGCGGCAGCACGGUCCGAAGUGUCAUACAACAGGCGUUGAGCAAAGCCGGAAAAUCCGCAGAACAAGCCGAAGACUACGUGCUGAUCGAGGAGGGCACUGUUGAUGCUGACGAGGCUGGAGACCAGCGACCAAAGCCGACAUUCCGGGUGUUGCCCCACGGGGAACCGAUCAUGGAUGCGGUGGCUUGUUGGAAUGGCUCGCAAAGAAGGUUUUUGGUGCGGAAAAAGGGAUCGGAUCCAUCUUCUCGUGCCUGGAUCACGUCGAUCAUCAAGAGCGGUGGUUCGAGUGGAGGCGCCAGCCCGAAUCCUGGACUUUCCGAGCGGAAAUCCUAUGAGGGCAUUGGCAUGAAAUCGCCGUCCUCGUCCCAAUUGCAUGCGAAAAGCGUCGAGGUUGAGGCUGAUACCCUGGAGCAACCUUCAAGCCUAAACCCUCGUGGACGCUCAAUGGGCGACACUUUCCUGGUGUGUGUCCACAACGUCAGCGAUGACCAACCAUACGCCAUCCUUCGCGCCUCCAUCAACAGCACCGCCACCGACGUCAUCAAGCAGGUGUUCAUGAAAUCGCGACGGCUUGAGUUGGAUGAGAACGAGUUUGUGCUGGUGGAAGAAACCGGGGAUGAGCCAUGCCCUACCACGACAAAGAACUACCCCGGAAAAGUGAAUUCGCGGGUACUGGCUGCUGAUGAAAAUGUUUGGCAUGCACAGUCAAGAUGGAAAUCCUUCGGCCGAUUCAUUCUCGAGAACCGCAAAGAGGCCGUGAACACGACGCUGGAAAAACAUCAAAACCGUAAAGCCGAACGAAAGGUCUCCCUGGCCAGCCUGGGACUCCCGAAACGCGUCGCCCGAUUCGGCAAGUCUGCCACAAUGGACAUUGCCCGCGGAUCAGCUGAU